GAAUUCCACAGCAUAAUGUGGGACAGAAUCGUAAGAGUUUUGUGUCUUUUUCUGCUGUGCCUGUGUGACGUCAUCUUUGGAUUUAACAUAUUUCAAGAGAGAAUUCCGAAUGGUGACAAAGUUCAAGAUCCAUGUAAUAGAAAUGAUAUAUGGAAGGGAGUUGGCCACCAAAACAAGCUGGGAGGUGGACUAACAAAUCCAUUCGGCCAGGCAUUUAAAAACAAUAAUUUCGUAUGGGACAAGAGCUUCUGCAUGCUUGACUCCGACGGAGAUGGAGCUACAAACGGACGAGAACUCGGCGAUCCACUCUGUAUAUGGAAAUAUGGACGCAGCCCAAUAUUUGAACCCAAUGGCCAUCCUGGUGUUUGCGAACCAUGGAGCUCACCCUUCUGCCAAAAACAAAACGCCAAUUGGCUCAAAUGCCCAACUGUUCCUGUCGACUGUGAGUUCAUUAGGCAGCAAGGUGUUCAAAAUAUGGCAUUGAGAUUACCGGAUACAGCUGUACCGGCGCAAGAGACCACCAACAUGUGUGUGAACCUUGAGUUUCCAUCAGAUCGGGAUUACCACGUGAUCGCUGAUACGGCAUUCCUUAACAACAGCAAGGUUUUGCAUCAUAUGACAUUACAGGCUUGCUCUCCAGGAGUGACUGUUACGGCUUUGGCACAUCCCUUGGGUCAAGUUUACCCAUGCGAAAUGCUGGCCGAACCACUCCUUUGUCCAGACUUAAUGGUCGGAUGGACUCCGACUAUUGGCGGGAACUGCCAUCCUCUCGAGGCUGGGUACAAAAUCGGACUGACGGGGUAUCGGUAUGCUAUUCUUCAGGUGAUGUGGAACAACCCUUCUAAGGCAGUUGGCGAGAGGGAUAGUUCAGGCAUACUUUUAUUUUAUACACCUCAACUGAGACGGUUCAAUAUCGGGAUGCUUACUGUAGGAACUAAUAACGUUGCUAUUCCUCCUGGGGAGAGAGGCUUCGACGUAGAGGCACAGUGUUAUCCAACAUGUACCAGAAAACAACUGUCCAACCCAAUCCGUCUCCUCACCGGGUAUAACCAUAUGCAUUAUGCAGGUGCUGAGAUGAGAGUGACUUUGAAAAAGCCAGGAACGGUCCAAGAGGAAACACUAACACGUGAUAUAGUGUACGAUUACGACAACCCUGUCAUUCAUAAAUUUUCGUCGUCGAUUGAUAUAAAGCCUGGAGACGCCAUCUAUACUUCGUGUUCUUACAACACGAUGACUCGCAACAUGUCGACCUUCUUUGGUAGAACUACCUCUGACGAGAUGUGUCUAGGAUUGUUCAGUUAUUACCCAGCAGAACAUUUGUCUCCGCGCCAUUGUUUUUCGGAGAUGGGGUUACCCCAGUGUGCUCUCACAGACAGCGCCACCAUUGUAGAUAGGUGUCACGUGGUCACGUUUCCGUCCAGUCCUGAGGCUACCGCCAUAAUACAAUCGUUGAAGGAUAACUGCAUUCCAUUUAGAUGCCUAAGAGAGUGCAUAAAUGUUGUGAAGAAAAUCAGAACAAAUCCAUGCUUUAAGGGGACGGUAAAUGACUACAUUAUAAAACAAAUACAGACACUUCACGGCCUCGAAACAAUAAUGCGCCUGAAGUCCUGUGACGUUGAGAUUGCCCAAGAACAGGGACUCUGCAACAAACUUGUUGGCCAGACCAAUUGCUAUUGUAGCGACCCUCCGAUGCGACGAAAGGUAUAAACAUUUCCGUGUUUCGGACAUCCGUAACAGUGCCACAUAUAGGGACAUGUUUUGAUAUACAAUUUCUGUGCUGAAGGUCUGAAUGUAUUGUCAUUGACAGUUAUAAUAAAUUAUAUACGCUGUA